AUGUUGCUCAUUUGGUUGGUGCUAGGCCUCUGCUCGCCAGCCACGAGUUUGCCCACCCAGGUGGUGCUCGAUGCGCCGCGGCUUCGCUCAUCACAGGAGGAUCGUCGCUUCCAUGGUAGGUUCUUGCAUAUAACUGAUCUACACCCCGACCCCUACUACAAACGCGGUGCCCACCCUUCCACUGCUUGCCACAGAAAAAAGCCCAAGAAGAAACGCCGUGCCGGGUACUACGGAACGGCCUACAAGGAGUGCGACUCUCCACUUGCGCUGACGAACUUCACGCUCGAUUACCUAGAAGAGCGCUGGAGCGAUGAAAUAGACUUCGUAAUAUGGACUGGGGACAGUGCCAGGCAUGACAAUGACGACAAGAUCCCACGACCUCUCAGUGAGGUCUACGAACUCAAUGGAGCCGUAGCCGAAAAGAUGAAACAGGUCUUUUCAAGUAAAGGCAUUCCAGUGGUACCAACUAUAGGGAACAACGACGUCUGGCGUCCCAAUGACAUCACCAGAACAUACUCUUCGAUGUGGGGCAGUUUCAUACCCCCGGAUUCCCAAGUAUCUUUCCUUCGGGGCGGUUAUUUUUCCGUAGAAGUGGUGCCUGGUGCACUUGCUGUUGUCAGCCUCAACACGAUGUAUUUCUACUCUUCCAACGAAGGCCAUGUUCCGCCGACAGAUGAACAUUAUUAUUCGCGAUGUUACGGUCGCUACGUGGAAUUGAGCCUACGAUUCCAAGACACGAUUCUCGGACAUCUUUUCGGUCACCUUAAUACCGAUCACUUUUACUUUAUGAAGGCGGACGACGUCCACGUGGAGGGGGAUACGGAUGCGGACGCAGAAGAGACGCCCGAACUCACAAAGCAUGCAGCUUCAUUAUUCGAUAUGUUGAUCGCGGACUUUUUGCGGCUGCCGGGUCCCAAGGACGAGAUAGACUAUGGGGACUAUGCAGUUGUUAACGUCAAUCCGUCUGUGGUACCGAAUCCUUACGUUCCGACAUUCAGGGCGUACGUGUACAACGUAACAGGUUUGACGGACAUUGGGGUGCGGGAAGUGGGUAUGAGUGGACACUACGGCGGGGUCGGGUUUAGAGGGUCCCCCGAUUGUCAAAGAAAGUCUGGAAACAGAGCGGUGAAGUGCGAAGGAGGACCCGAGAGAGAUGAAUUAGGAGGAUGCGGCGUUGAUUUUGAUUGCAAGGUUCAUGUUGGGUCGCCUUCGCGGCGGAAUGUGAGCGAUUCUUAUUGGAUGCCGAAGGUGGAGAAAUACGAUGCGAGGGAUACGCCGGAGUAUGAGCUGGAGUAUCUGACGUUCUCGUUAUUAAGAUUGCACACAGGGGGAGUGGCAGGGCGGACAUCAAAUACACAGCCCCUCAUUCCGUUGGAGAGCCUGCCGGAGGAGCUGCGGGAUGCUGAGGUAAAGAAGUCGAAGUACGCGCCAUAUGAGAUGGAGGACCUUACGAUACCGUCGUGGGUGGAAUUGGCGAGGAAGAUCGGGAAAGAGGGCGGGAAGCUUCGCAAACGGUUCCGAAAGUACAUGUACGUUGGGGGGACGGAUGAGCCAUAG